AAAGAAAGCUUUUGAGGAUCGUAUUAAAAACCGCGGAAAACGUAAGAAUCAACCUACGGAUGAAGAGUCGGAUUCUAAACGUGUUAGUCUAGAAGACAAUGAUCGUGAGGAAGUACUAGAUCCAAAGGCUAAUGCAUAUUUAAAGGAGAUGCAAAAAUAUAAUGAAAGAUUGUGUAAAGAUGACGCAGGUCAUGUUCGUCCGUUGAGGGAGAUUCGAUCAUAUAAUUAG